CGGCGCCUCGCGCUGCAGACAUAUUGCGCCAAGGCAGCAAGCCGCUGCCACCGGCAGCCUCGACACCCUCCACGCCGUCGACGCGACACACAUACGAUGGGCCACCCCGACGACGGCCUCUUCGUCCGCACGGACCUGUUACCUACAGCUGGCGCUUCACAUAAUGAGGACCGCACGACGAAAACGCACGCCGCGGGGUAUGUACCACCCAGACAUGCCACACCCGGCGGCCAGAAGAUCAUGCAGUACGAGUACCAGGAAUUUGUGAACGCGCGCGAGGCCGCGAAGAAGGAACGAAGGCCCAAAGGCGCGGCUCCGGUCCUGCCGCCCAAAAAAGUGACAAAGGAGGGCAAGAAGCCCCCCCCGCCUUAUGUGAAUGAUCCCACCUCCUACUACACGGCGGACCAGUUGCUUUCCGUGGACGGCUGCAUCUGCGACAAGGUUCGAGUUGUUUUGGAUGAGAGAACAGGGGAACCUAGACGCGACUACCGGAACGACGAAACAAAAGAGUACGGCGACAUGAUGAACAUGAAGCGGAGCGACGACCCGCUCAAAUCCAGAACGUUCUCGCACAAGGAGGUUUUAUUUCCCUCCGACCGGUCCGUGAAGCGGGAGAUCCGCGAAGGUUUUGCAUAUGUGGAGCACGCCGACGAGUGGGAGAAGACUAUUUUACAAACGCAGGGGCAGAAGCGCACGUAUUAUACGCAAGAUCAAGCGAUGCAGGUAUUGCGCGACGACUUUAGAGCAUCGCUCCCGCGGCCGGGCUCGGCGUGCCGGGAGACGCUGCGGCGCGGCGGCUGAGUAAGUUUAAUACUAUGCGCUGUCAG